CGCGCCAACUUUCACUGCACAGACGCGUCUGAUAGAAACCAGAAAACUAUUCGGGAUAUUUUCAGUGACUCAACAAAAUGUAUGUACGAUAAGAAGUUCGGCGCCUGUAAGCUCAUGUCUGGCCGUGAACGGAGCUAUAUCACCCCCCACCUGCACUUAAUUGUUUCGGAGUUCUGCUCUCGGUUGCUGUGGGCGCGUAACUUUUUUAGACCAGGAUAAAAACUGGGAUUUAUUUUGGGCACUUUGACAGGCGACUGGACAUCGUGUGCGCCAGGCAGAGAAGUCAACAAGUGGCUCUCAUUUACGGUUAGAGGAGAGAGAGUAUGAGAGCUUGAAGUUGCUGAAUGGAAAGUUAGUGGCUACUUUCUUCUUCGCAGGGUAUUUAGAGUAACAUUUAGUUUGAACCACUGGAAGUUGAGGAGGACAUUUGUUCUUAAGGCGUUUACGAGUUUGUUAUCACAAUGAACGGACCAGUGGUUUUCCAGAUGUGGACGGUUUUACUGUUGUGGACUAUCACCGGGGUCUGCAGGGCUCAGGUCGCCACCGCCAAAGUGCUGAGAGGAAACAUCAGGAGAGACGACAGCAAUCGCCUCACCACAGACUUUUACCGCAAAGAGGAAAACAUCUCAGUAACGCCGGUGAGAGGAGCCAUCUACAGCCCACGCUACCCCAACGCUUACCCCCGCAAUGUACUGUUGUCAUGGAAACUGCUGUCCCCACCUGGGAGCCGCAUACACCUGGAGUUCGACGGACACUUCGGACUGGAGGAGGCUGAGAAUGGGGUCUGCAGGUAUGACUUUGUUGAAGUGGAGGACCAAUCAGAGACCAGCACUAUCAUUUGGGGUCGCUGGUGUGGGCAGAAGGCACCGCCUAGUCUCAACUCCAAAACCAACAUGCUCAGAGUCACCUUCAAGUCUGACGAUUACUUUGUUGCAAAGCCGGGAUUCAAAGUGUUCUACUCCCUGCUGUAUGAAUCUCCCCGGCCUGCGUCCAACACCAACUGGGAGGCCGUCACCAUGCCCAUGUCGGACGCUGUUGGAGGGCAGAUGCCAGUGGCAGUCACCGAGGUUCCAUUCUCAUUGGAGGAUUUGGACCGGACCAUUGCUGCCUUUGAAACUGUAGAGCAGCUGUUCAGGUCGCUCAGCCCAGACACCUGGAGACAGGACCUGGACAGCAUCUACACUCAAACACACAUACAUUAUAGAUCCAGGGCCUAUCAUCUGGCAAGCAGACAGAAUAAAGUUGAUCUGAACCGCCUUUAUGACGACGUCAAGCGCUACAGCUGUACGCCUCGGAAUUACUCUGUGAACCUGAGAGAGGAGCUGAGGGCCACCAACGCCGUCUUCUUCCCCCGAUGUCUGCUGCUCAAACGCUGUGGAGGCAACUGUGGCUGCGGAACGGAGAACUGGAACACCGGCUGUACCUGUCAGGCCUCCAAGACGACUCUCAAACUACACGAGGUGCUGAAGUACGCCCCAGAGGUCAGUCUGCAUCAGCGCCAUCGGAGGCCGGUGAAGGUGCGCUGGGUGAUCGAUGAGAUCUUCCUCACACACCAUGAAAAGUGUGAGUGUGCGUGUCCCUCCCAGCCCCCCCGCUGAGACACCCAGCCUGGGAGGAGCAUCAGGAAAUGAUGGACAAGUUUCUUUUUUUAUACAUUUUUGCAAACGGACUACUUAUAAUUACAGCAACGCAGACACACAGGCAGCAAAGAAGAAGGCAACAAUCUGACUGACAAACGCUGCUCGCAUCGUACAUGCAUGUACAGUUAAUGCAUUUACAGCCACAUUUGUAAAUGUUUUUAGACAAAUAUGUUCUUAUUUAACUUUCCUGGAACUUGGAGUCUUAAGUUUUCCCUAUUGUUUCCUCAAAAAAAUGUAUACAGAAUAAAUACCAUACCAAACUAUGUGAAAAGACACCAACACCAUCGAAUUUAAAUGUAACUGUAUGCAACUGCUGUGUUAACAGUAUUCAUUCCCGUUUCAUGUUUAUGUGUUUGCAUUUCUGCGAGUUAUCAAAAGGGUAUUUGCAGAAACUUCAAUCCCUCUGCCAGGAGCAUGCUGAGAUGAGUGAGCGUAAGACAGAAGGAGGGAGGGAGAAGGGUUGGAGGAAGCGUAAACCAAAAUAACACUUUAUCUCAAUAAGGCUAACCACAACCCUCCAGAACCUACUUGCACGACUAGCACACUCACACACAUCCACACUCCAGGCAAAAGUAUAUUAUUUUUACUGAAUUCUUCACUUUUCUUGCUUUUUGUGUGCAUACAUUCCUGACUGCAUACAUUCAGGCUUCUCUUUGUCUGUCCUUCCAUCCAUAGGCUCUCUGCUCCUCGUGUUUCUUUCUCCCCGACUCCAUGCACACACACUUUCUCUCCCUUCAUCACUCACUUUCACAACACAUCAAAGGAGAUGUCAGAUAAAGCUGCUGCGCUUUGCCUACUUUUCUAUGCGUUCCUGGCAUUCCCACUGCUAACCGGAAUUCUGCUAACACGGAAAAAACCAUGAUCCUCAAGCUCUGAAAACAUGAGGGGAAAGAGCUAUUUUUUUUAAAGGAGAGGCUGCUCACAGAAAAGAGACAAUCAAGCCAGCUAUUCGUAGAUUACCAGCACUUCUGGAUGAGAGAUGAGAGGAGCCACUUUGCAGAUGCAACAUAAAAGAUUGCAGCUACUCUAGGCAUUUCAAUCAGCAUGUUUAUAUAUUCAGUUAGCCUGAUUUAUUUUGUCAAACUGCUUUUUACCUUCUCACAAAGAUGCGAACAUGUAUCACAACCUGCUUCACUGCUUUGCAACUCUGCAGCGGCACCACAGUGAAAAAGAUCUGUGGGAAUUAGACUAAUGUUCUUGGUCUCUGCUGAAAAUAUAACUUGAGUGUGGUGGUGAGAGAGAGGGCUGUGUGUUACCGCUCAGGAAGAGGUCCUUUUGUUUAAAGGGUGGGGGGUUACCAACAGUCUGCGAAAGCUGGCAGCCGAUACAAGCAUGGGAAUGGUGAGCAUGUGACCGUGCGCGCAAGUGUGUGUGCAGGUAGCUGGAGUAUUAAAGCAAUAGAGCAAGAAUUCAAAGUAACUGCUUAUCAUUUCCAAACACAUGAUCCAGCUGUGCGGAAUCAAACACAGCGGCGUUAGUCAUCUCUCCAUCAUCACCCCCCCCAUGUGUCACACGCUCAGGCCCCGCUUACAGGACUGAAUUACUCUGAGAAAAUUGGAUUUUACACACUUCUUUUGUUCUAAAGAAAGACACAAAAAAGACUGGACAGUGAGACAAUCCCUCGGUCACAGUGAAACCCGAUCAGCUGUGUGCCCGCGCCGCUUUUAUGUGCAUGUGUGUACUGUAAGUCACGGGUCUUAUUCGGCAGGUGUGGGAUACAGAAAGGCUCUUAAAUAUUCCAGAUGUUUUUCGGGUUGUGCAGUAGUUACAUUACAAGUAAUUUGGCCCACACUUCCUCCACACACAUACACUUGUGCGUUGUUUUUGGAUGUUGCUUCCCUUUGUUGUAAAGCUUUUGACUUUUGUUCUCAUGCAAAGUUUGAUUUCAAUCCUCUGGGUUGCAUUUUGAAACACAAAGAUAAACACACAGAUAAUACAGAGUUGGCAUGAAAAUCAUAUACUGUUACAUUUUUAGUAGCUAACAAACCAAAAAUGAAUUGAGGUAUUCAGUCAUUUUUCAAGAUACCUAUUGCGAAAUGCAUAGUUACGCUAGUAUUUUAUGAAAUCUGCUGCAAACGUAUUAUUUAGUUAAUUAUUAUUUGAAAUAUGUGUGAGGAGUGUAUGUAUGUGUGUGUGUAUGUGUGUGUAUGUGUGUGUGUGUGUACUUCCUGUGCCUGCCAGUUUGUUGGCGUUAUCAGCACAUUCCAUUGUUGCGUGCUCCAAAAUGAAUUUCCUCUUUUACUUAUUUUCUCCUCUUGUCUUUGCAAUAGAACCGCAUGUAUUUCAAGUUCAUACUUUCAAUCCUAGUUGUGUAGGUUUUUGGAUUUCUCAUGUCCAUCAAAAACAAACAUUAGACCUUUGAGAAAUCUUCUGACUAUCAUGCUUUGGAUAAGAUCAAAUCCAGAGUUUCACCUCCCCUUCUGAGGACUGUGGGGAUUGAGCAAUGUUUGUUUUAGCCAAAAACGUGCUCUGCUGUGUUCAGAAAAACAUUCAUGACAAAACUGUACGUGUGCUUAUCCUUAAUAAUUUAUUGUGUCUUUCUCUAUUGUUUUAUUAAAAGAUAUUAGCCGUUUGAUCUUGAUAAAUAAAAUGUUUCUAGAA